AUGAAGCGGCCAUCUAGGUUCCAGUUCCCCGCUCUAGAGCGACGAAGGACCGAUCAAUCUGGAUGUAAUGGCGACGGCGCUGGCGCCACCGCGGGCGACGCACCCCGACCACAGACUAUCGCGUUAGGCCGCCGUCACACAGACUCACCGCGAGGAAAACGCAAUCGUGCCUCGUUUCACGAGCUGGUAUCACCUUUUCUCACCGUGUUCAAACAGAUUGUGUUCGCCGCAGGCCGACACUGUUUAUCAACAGGUAUAUUCCGCGAUCAGCAGCAGCAUCCGCCGCAAUCAGCUGUAUGUCGGCACACACGCACUGGAUCCGCAAAGCCGAGGGGCACUGGCUGCACACACACACACGCGAGAACUGGCUUCAGCGGGGAGCAGCGGACAUUGCGGACGCGUGCUCGCAGUGGGAACGUCGGCGAACGACUGAGGACAGCAGCGGGGGCAGCGGGGGCAGCCGGCACCGCCCCCGCCGCCCCCUGCACCCCGCCGCCCCGUCGGAUGAAUGACAAUAAUGGAAGACGUUCAACUCGGCCGCAGCCGAAUAUGAAUCAUUGCAUGGGUGCAGCCCCGCCCGACUGCAGCCGGAUGAUUGUCGGCUUAUCGGCGGUCGGCGCAUCUGUUCGCGUUAAGUCGCGAGUGACACGGGCAUGA